AUUGGAAAUGGCGGAGAGCAGAGACCAAAGCGAUAACUUGGGUUUGCAAGCGCGAGUGCGCCGUCAUUGAAACGCAGAUACCACCCACAAGUGAUCCUCGGAGUUCCUUACGGUUCGCCACUGCCGAUGGGAUAUAAGUCGGACGCAGCGACAAAGGGAUUUUCGGAACAAGGUUUGGAUUUAGCGAGCUGCUUAGCUAGCUAAGCUAACCGUGCUAGCAAGCCUGGCGUUAGCUAGCUCCAAGUCGUGUGUGUGAUUUUAACUACGCAGGCUUGUUUGUCAACAUAAGCUGACGUUAAAUUGCUAGCGAGCCAGCUAACACGCAACUUUUCUUUGCCCGGUUUCCAAGCGAACCGACUCGGGUUUACAACAUGUUUGCCAAAGCUCACCGCAAAAUUAUUAAUCCUAAGUAACAGUGGAUAAAAAAAGUCAAGACGUCUGACUAUCCUUGACUCGAGCAGGCAGUAAGUUAAGCUGGUUAGCUAAAGUUAGCUAACUGGCUUGUUUCACGCAAGCUGCCGUCUGCAUGGGAAUUAACCAUCCAGCGUGACAACUUACAGCAGGACCCCGUGGGCUCUUUCUCUUUAUAUACAAGUUAAACGGACGACUUAACAGUCAGAGGCCAACAGGCUUCUCCCUGCACCUGGGAUGGUGCCAUGUGACAGAGCGGCCGUGGAGCCAUAACCCAGCCACCACUACUGCUCCAUCACUUUGACUCCAAGCUGUUUGGCCACCACUGAUCUCGCCGCCCGCCCCCCUCCCAGUCGCCCCUGCCUCCCUUUAUCUUUGCUCUGAGCCCUGGACAAGGCCGACCACAGCCAACACAUGACUCACCCACUGGAGCCCUAGAUCAAGUCAGUUAAAGCUGAAAAUGAGUGCAGUAGGGGAAAAUCCCCUGGACCCUGCCACGCCAGAGUCACGCAAGAGGAAGGGCUCACCAUGCGACACAUCAGGGCAAAGUGUGGAGAAGCGGAGACGGGAGCUGGAGUGCCGCUACAUCGAGGAGCUGGCUGAGCUGCUGUCAUCCAACAUGGGCGACAUUGCCAGUCUCAGUGUCAAGCCCGACAAGUGCCACAUCCUCAAGAGCACCGUGGACCAAAUCCAGCAGAUGAAACGGCGUGAGCAGGAGAAAGCGGCUCUUCUGUCUCCCGAUGAUGAGGUGCAGAAGAGCGACAUCUCCUCCAGUAGCCAGGGGCUGGUGGAGAAAGAGGCACUGGGGCCCAUGCUGCUAGAGGCCCUCGAUGGGUUUUUCUUCGUCGUCAACCGGGAGGGCCGCAUCGUCUUUGUUUCUGAGAACGUGACGAGUUACCUUGGGUACACCCAGGGCGAGCUGAUGACCUCAAGCGUCUACAGCAUCCUCCACGUGGGAGACCACAAUGAAUUUGUUCGCAAUCUGCUGCCCAAAAGCCUUGUGAACGGUGUGCCGUGGCCACAGGAACCUGGCCGAAGGAACAGCCACACCUUUAACUGUCGCAUGCUGAAGAGGCCACCGGACGAGCUGGAUUCAGAAAAUCCGGAGGCUCGGCAGCAAUAUGAGAUCAUGCAGUGUUUCACUGUGUCCCAACCACGGACCAUGCAGGAGGAGGGAGAGGACCUGCAGAGCUGCCUGAUCUGUAUUGCCUGUCGGAUACCUCGCACCCAGCCUUUCAGCACUGAGUCUUUCAUCACCAAGCAGGACCCCACUGGGAAGAUCAUCUCCAUAGAAACUAGUGCUUUGCGAGCAACAGGCCGGCCUGGCUGGGAGGACCUGGUCAGGAAGUGCAUCUACGCUUUCUUUCAGCCGCAGGGCAAAGAGCCCUCCCACGCCAAGAAGCUGCUGCAUGAGGUGAUGACCCACGGCACCGCCAUCAGCCCGUUGUACCAUUUCACAUUAAGUGAUGGCACCCCGCUCAGCGCUCAGACCCGCUGCAAGUUCUGCUGCCCCCCCAACCCUGACGUACAGCCCUUCAUUAUGGGCAUUCACACUAUUGACAGGGAACACAACACUGCUAGCUCUCAGGAAAACACUAACCCCAGCCUUCCACCGACCCUCGGCAGCCUUGCCCAAACUCCCUCCCGCUCCCCUUCCCUUCCUCCCGGCAGCAACUGGACCCAAGGCUCAGGCCUCGCCUCCUCGGGCCUUCAUCCCAACAACACCAACACCUCCCCCCACGGACAUAAUCCAGCCACACCCACAGGCUACCUGACGCCCAAUCGGACCUGUCCCCAGCAGGUCAACAGCCCCUCUCCUUUGAGCAGCCCACUCACAGCCACCCCUACCUCUUUUAUGUCGCCCAGGAUGCCACGGGCCAGUCCUGGGUUAGGGGGAAGUCCUCGGGUACCGGGGAACCCUUUCUCUCCUUCCACACCAGGCCUCCACUCCCCAGCUGGGGAACUAAGUAGUGGAGGCAGCCUCAACAGGCAGCAGUCCAGCGGCGAUGGUAGUAGUGGCGCCAGCAGUGGGUCAACGGGGUCCUUCUCCCUGUCCUCUCCUGUCCUUCAGAGACAAGCCAGUACACCCACCGGCUCCUCUACUCGGCCUCCAUCUGCAAAAGAGGGAGAAGGAGGGGGAGAGGACUCUGGUAAAGCCCCCCUUCCUUCUGCCUCCCAGCUGGGUAACCCCAGACUCAAUCAACUCCUGGAUAGCAAUGGGACGGGAGCUGAAUCCAACAACAGAAUCCACUGCACCUCAUCACCUCAUCCUCCGAACCCUCCUCCCGCCCCUCAGUGCCCUGCCUCACACAGUACUCUAACGGAACGACACAAGAUUCUGCACCGGCUGCUGCAGGACACCAGUCCCAAUGACACCUCCACCACCAGUGAGGAAGGACUAAACAAAAAUGACAUUGAGAUCAAGAAGGAGCCGCCUGCCAGUCCGGCUCUGACUGCAGCACCUCCAAAGUCCGGCUCCGGCUCCAGCUCCAGAGAGCCACAGGACCACCAACUACUCCGAUUUCUCCUGGACACAGAUGAAAAGGACCUGGGGGACCUGCCACCUCCAUCUGCUCUCAGCCUGCAGACGGUUAGAGUAAAAGUGGAGAAGAGAGCCAGCGUGGAUGGAGUGCCGUGUUCGGGGUCUGCCGCUGCAGCAGGAGGUGCAUCCAAACCUGCGGGAGUUUGCAGCAGCUCGGCGUGCAUCAGCCCAAAACCGAGCCCCAUCGGAGAGAACCGUCGAGACAGCCGCAGAGACAGCCGAGACUCCACGAUGUCUGGUGGCCCUGUUGACAUGGACCCUCUCACCCAGCUGCUGCCUGGCCUGAGAGGCCCGAGUGGGGCCAAGCAGGGCAGCGAGGAUUCAUCCACCCCUGGAGGAGGCCCCCAGCUCCACUCUCCAGCCCCUCAGCCCCCAGCUCAGCUCCAGUCCCCCUUGCCUCAGCUCCAGUCCCCUCUGUCCCAGCCCCAGUCGCUUCCCCAGUUGCAGUCUCCGUCGCCCCAGCUCCACUCCCCUUCCCCCCAGCUCAAACUGCAGUCACCCACUCAGCUCCAGCCCGGUGAGGCCAGCACUCCCCGCAAUGUAAAUGUGAAGAGAGAGCCUCCAGGCACUCCCAACAGAGGACUCAGUGAUGGCGGCCCGCCCUCCGGCUGCAGCCUCCAGAGUCAGUCAUCCUUUGACUUCUGCAGCCCCCCGACUCCAAGCCAGACACAGACCCAGGGCCAAGGAGACCCCUUCCAGAACCCGAAAGACAGCAGCCCCUUUCCAGAGGCAGAAAUUAUCAACCCAUUCAGUUCAAGCACUGGCCUGUCCAAGAUGGAUGUGGGAGAAUCCCAGUUCCAGCCUCUGGCUCUGUCUGACACCUUGUCCUUCGAUGGUCUUGGAACCCCUUUACAAGCUCCCUUGGCAUCACCACAAGAGCAGUGUGUGCCCUGUACGCUGGAUGAAGUGCUGGGCCCUCCGACAACCCCCGAGGGCCGAAACGAUGAGAAAGCUCUGUUAGAGCAGCUCGUCUCCUUCCUGAGUGGGACUGAUGAGAGUGAACUGGCUGAGCUGGAUAAGGCCCUGGGUAUCGACAAACUGGUGCAGGGUGGCUGUUUUGACCCCUUGCCUCAAAACUUCCCGACCCAGCAACCCACUGCCACCCCAGGUUCCAUGGACCCUAAACUCCCCACCUACCCUUCCCAAUUCACACCAGCUCCACAAGCUCAGUUUCCUCCAGAGCUGGCCACGGUGGUGGGGCCACAGGGCCUGGGGUUCGGAGCCCCCCGAGUGGCUUUUCCCGGCAGCACGGCGGGCGUCGGGCUGAGGCCGGGCAUGACGCGACCGCAGGGGAUCGGCACUCAGCUCAGGCUGCCACCCAAUCAGCUGCGCCUGCAGCUGCAGCAGAGGCUGCAGGGCCCACAGCAGCUCCAGAACAGGAUGGCAGGCAUGAAUCCGUUUCCUGGAGGAGCCCAGCAUGUGAACAUCGGGAUUCGUCAGGGGGUCCAACAACCUCAGAUGCCCUCUCAGCAGCCUCCGCUGAAUGCCCAGAUGCUGGCCCAGCGUCAGAGGGAACUCUACAGCAUCCAGCACCGCCAGCGCCAGCUUUUCCAGCAGAAGGUCAUGCUGAUGAGACAGAACAUGGCGGGCGCUCCGACUGGAGCCGUGGGGCCCAUCGGAACUGCCAGGGUCCCGAAAGGUCCCCCAACAACGCCUCAACAGCAGCAGCAGCAGCAACAGCAGCAGCAGUUCAACUUCCCACCAGGGUACAACCCGUUGACGGGAAAAUCCCCUACCUCACCAAGUCACUUCAGCCCCAUGACCGGGGGCCCCCUGGACAACAAGCUGCCCGGCAGAGUUCCCCUGAAUAACCAGACGCUGUUGGGCGGCGUGCAGGGCCAGUUCAGCAGCACCGUGAACUCCUCAUUGCAGCAGGGCCUGUUUCAGCAGUUUGGAGGGUCUGCCAUCACCCAGCCAGACCCAUCUUUCCCUCCUGAGAUGAGCCCGACCAGCCCAUUGUUGUCACCUCAGAACUCCACCUCCCAGAGUCCUCUGCUUCAGCAAGCCCCACCCCCUGGCUACCAGUCACCAGAAAUGAAGAGCUGGCAACAGACAGGCAUGGGCAGCAACAGCCUGUUUAGUCAGUCAGGACAGAGUGCAGGGCAGGCUUUUGGCCAGCAGGGGGUUUACAACAAUAUGAGCAUCACCGUCUCCAUGGCCGGGGGCUCGGGUGGUGUCGGCUCAUUACCUCCCAUGGGGCAGCCGGUUGGCAUGAGCAACAGUAACCUCAGCAACGUUGGUUCAGUGUGCAGCGACCAGCAGGUGCAGCAGGUUCAGGUGUUUGCAGACGUCCAGUGCACAGUGAACCUGGUUGGCAGUGACUCCUACCUGAACCAGGGCUCCAUCGGAGCCACGGCCUCCCAGAAGGGCCCCGGACCGCAGGGCUCCCAGAACAACCAGGCCCAGCAGAAGAGCCUCCUCCAGCAGCUGCUCACCGAGUGACAACCCACAACCCCGUUCAGCUAUUCUAUACUCCCUCUACUUCUCACUUCUACGCCUCCUCCUCGGAGGUCGGUGCACCAGACCCAUUGCUGUCUCUGUCUCACCUUUUGGAUGGAUGGAUGGAUGGAUGGAUGUUUGGACGACCACACGAGUAGGCUCGGAGGGGUUUGGCUGCUGGUGGAGUUACACAGCCUGCCCAUGUCUGUGCGGAGGGGAUUCAGGGCUGGUUGUCUUACCGCCCAGUACUUUAAGAAAAGACUCAAGUCAGAAGGAGCAGCAGUGUAUUUAAACCUGCCUGUCUAAUCUGUCUGACAACCUGUCUGUCUGCCUCAGCCUAUUAAAGGCAGUGUUGUCUUGCUGCUCAUUCCUUGGUGACCUACUUCCUGCUUCCUGACCCAAGAAAACAACUGCGACAUCAUUGUAGAUUUGCCAAGUUGUCGUCACUGUCAAAUCAGGGCCGGCCUCUUUUUUUUUCUCUCUCUCUCUCUCUCUCUCUCUCUCUCUCUCUCUUUCGUUUUUUUUGUUUUGUGAUGGGAUGGUUUCUGUCAGGCCGUCGCAGCAGCAGCAGUGCAUCUUGGGAGCAUGAGUUGCAGCAUACAGCUGAGCUCAUCGUUUAAAGUGUGGGAGUAUCCCACACAGCAGUACCUCUGGCUUUUUAUUUUUGUUUGUUUUAUUUUGUUUCUUUUUGUUUUUUCCUCUACCUGUCUCUCAGCGAUGUGGGAAUGUUAAGGUUUCAGACCUCUGUGGCAUUGUGGGAUAGAAGCUCAGUAUCAGCUGGUUCUGUGACUGUCUCUCUCUAUCAGCUACAGUGCCUGGUGGAAGUUUGAGUUUUUCCCAAGCUCUGCUUCUUCUUCUACAUAUUAUUCUAUUACGUCUUCUUGUUUUUAUUUUUAUUUUUUGGGUUGAAUUGUUUUGUUUAAAAAAAAAAUCUUCUGCUCUCACCGUCGUCAUCGUCAUCAUCAUCUUCACGAUCAUCAGAACAAGCUUUGACAACAGCCAGAAUGGAUUGACAGAUGGAUGGAUGGAUGGAUGUAUGGAUGUAUGGAUGGAUGGAUGGAUGGGAGACAGACGGGAUGCUGCUCAGUUUGGAACUUACGUGUCUUUCUCCCCCCCCACCCCCCACCCCCCCGGGAGGAGGUUUUAUUUUUAUUUUUCUCAAAGUAUAAAAAAGAGACUGUUAUGAUUAUUUAACUGUCUGUCCGUCACAUUUUACCCCUCACCUCAGCAGCUGUGAAUACAGAGCCCUGUUGGGUUCUUUCUUUCUCUCUUUCUCUCACUCUCUGUGUAUCUUUCAUGCUAUCUCUCGGCCUAUCAGUGUUGUUUGCCAUGUGCACCAUGCAGGCGGGUAGUAUUGUACAGUACAGAAGGACAAAGACUUGGGGGUGAGCUCACUCUUCUCUUGUAACUGCUUUCCUCUAAAAAAGAAAAAAAGUGUAAUUAAUUGAUUACUCAGAACAGCAAAACUAUGUAUAAUGUGAUUCGAUCCAGGUUUUUAUUUUUUUAAAUUCUAAUAAUGUCAGCUCAUGGUUUUUGAGAUUAUUUUUUGGCAUCAUGAUAUUGUAACACUGCUACAUAUUGCAGUGGAGGAGGAAGUUAUUCCAUCUUCUGAAAUGUGAAAAGAAAAUUUUAAAAGCAAUUGAUUAUGAAACAUAGCUAGAAUCUACGCUCCCUUCGACAUCUCAUCCAGUGCUACAAGAAGCCACGAAACUUUCCGAAGAAUAUAAAAAAAACAGGGUUGGAUUGCUUUGCUUUCUCUUGUGGUAACCAGGGAGCUAAUUAGCCAUCUUCUCUUGCUUUCUCCUCUUUUUUUAUUCUUAUGUAUGUACAAUACUUUGGAGAAAACUUCUCACACAGUACAUGUGUUUGCAACCAUUGUAUAAAAAAAAGCAUAAUGAUACCUUAAGCUGCGUUCUUUGCUGUGAUUACGUGACCUCUGGUGAUGCUAACGGUACUGAGCCGCAUUGACGUUGCGCCCGUCGUCACAGCAAAAACAGCGCGCUUUCUGGAUAUUGUUCCUAUAUAAUGACAUUUAAGUAGAGGCUUUAGUAAUAGAAGUUCCUAACAAAGAUGUGAUGGAUAAUUCAUUUAAAGCUGUCAUGAAAUUGAAUCAAAACAGGAUGGGUUGAGUCACCAAAAAAAAAAGAGGUAUUAUUUUCUUCUGCAAAACCUGUUUUAUCAGUGUUCUUUUGUUUUUGGGGAUUCAACCCUCUCCUCCCUCCACCUCUGGUUCCCUGAUGAAGACUUCACUCCACUGGCUAAACACACAUGCAGUUUUCUGUCGACUACUGUUGCUCAGUCAGACACUGUCUCUCUCAGCGAUAACAGACCUCUGUUAACUAAAAAAAUGUGCUACUUAUAGUACACACUCUACCAGGAAGUUAGAAAAAGGAAAAACCCUGCCGAGACAUUGCCUCUAAAUAUUCUUUACAUGACUCAAUUAAUGUAAAGAUGUCGGGUGUAAGAAAUACCUGACACACUAUACCCAAAGGUUUGAAGUGUAGGAUGCUAUAAGGACUGACGUCACACAUGUUUUGUAUCAGUUUCUCUAAGGGAUGUUUUGAAUCUUUUGAAGUGAGGCUGUAUGAGGUACCUAUCCUUAGUUAGUGUAUUGCCUAUGGUAGACGUCAGCCAGCGCGCCCCCACUUUGGAGAAGCAGGCAGGAGUACCGCCACAGUGAUGGUAGUGUCAACAGCCGGAAUCAAGACAGUUUAUUUGCCCCAAUUCUGAGGCAUUGUUUAUCCUGAGUCUCAGCCAAGUCAGGCAACCAGGUGCAGCCCAACUUAUGUUUUUUCAGCAUACCAAGUUUGGGCCGAUGCUGGGCUAAGUCAUUUUUGGUUCCAGUGACAGCAAUGUUGGCAGCCGGAAUCAGGCCAGGUUAUUUGGCUUGAUUCUGGGGCUUGAUUCAUCCUGAGUCUCAGCCUAGGAUAGACACCGGAAGCGGCCCAACUUAUUUCUUUCAGUUGGACAAGUUUGGAUCCAUGCUGGGCCAAAUCAUUUUUGACAACGGCCUGGUCACAGCAGUGUUGGCAGCCGGAAUCAGGACAGUUUAUUUGCCCCGAUUCUGAGCCGUCAUUCAUCCCAAAUCUCAGGCAAGUCGGUGCGCCGUUUGGGUCGAUGCUGGGCCAAGUUAUUUUUGAUGACAGCCUAGUGACAGCAGUUUUGGCAGCCGGGAUCAGGCCAGGUUAUUUGGCUGUCAUUCUGGGACAUCGGGAAUGUCAUUCAUCCCGAGUCUCAGCCAAGUCGGGCAACUGGGUGUGGCCCAACGUAUUUCUUUCAGCGUGCCGAGUUUGGGCCGAUGCUGGGCCAAUUCAUUUUUGAUAACGGCCCAGUGAUGGCAGUGUCAGCAGCUGAAUUUGUGACAGUUUUUUGGCCUGAUCCUGGGGCGUCAUUCACCCCAAGUCUCAGCAAUACAACAGCUUCAGUUCCCUGUCUGAAAGGGCUGUCUGCGUCACAGUAAAGUGGUGAAAAUAUGACUUUUUUAUUUAACUUUCUAUAACUAAAAUGUGUUUGGUUGCUGCUCCAGUCAACAGCAGUUCUUUGCUUAGCUUCCAUGGCGGAACUCUUGAAGCUCCUCCAAGCACUAAGCAUGCCGACUGACAUCUAUUUUAUUUAAUAUUAUGGAUUAUGGUUAAGUACCUCAUAGAACCCCACUUCAAAAAAUCGAAACCAUCCCUUUAAGGCCUUUUUACACAGGAGUAAUUUUAUCAGGGAGCAUCCAGUGAUCUGUACCAACCACAAAGGUCCUCUUCUGUCAAAUCUGCCACGUUUCUACUCCAGCACAACAUCAGACGUUCCCUGAUCGAACUACUCCUGUGUGAUUCCUCGUUCUUGGUUCAUUGUUUCUCUCUUCCUUGUGUCGUGGAAACUUGGGGACAGUAGUGGAAUCUGUGGAGAGGGUUUGUUUUUGUUUUUGUUUGCACACAGCGUAGACCUCACAUCCCGAUAUUAGUUUCAUCACCCCUCUGUAAAUGCAACUACCUAACUCAUCACUCAAAUUAGGUCAACAACAUUACAGUCCACUUCAGUGGAAUAGGGCUUUCCUGUGUACUGUUUUUAUUUUUACAGAGAUACUUUUACCGUAUGCAACAGAUACAGAGGGAUAGUAUGCAAGGUCAACAUUCCACCCACCAACUCUUCGAUGUUGUAUGAUGUGAGAACCACUUUGUGCUCUGCUGAAAAGCUGUGUGUGUGUAUUUGUACGUGUUUAUGUACAGAUCCAAACAGAGGCUCAGGAACAGUCGUUAAUCUUUCUUAAUAACUUUAAGUCCUAAAUGCAGGAAAGUUUUCCUCCUGGACUCAAAACAGAAUUUUCAAAAAUGAUUUACCAAUGGGUUUCUAUUUUUUCUACUUCUACAUUUCUGUGUGUGUAUUUAUUACAAACCAUCCAUAGAGCGUGUCUUUAUUACCUCGUUGUUUUAUCAGAGAGAAAUUCUGUCUUAUAUUCUUUACUUUUGACCAUGUUUUCACACUGCGAGCAGCUUGUUUGAUCAGAAAAACCCUGCAAAUGUUUCUGCUUUAUCUGUUUAACAUUUGGCAGUAUAACAUGGUUUUGAUUCAACGAUGCUGGCUAUCAAGCACUUCUUAAAUUGAGAAUGAGAGAAAUUAACAACGGGAGAAAUUUUAACAGGAGAAGCUGGAAUAUGAAUGUUGGUCCUUUUUGAUGAAUAAUAAUAAUACUGAUCAUAGAUUUUAUUUUUAUAGCACCUUUCAUACAAGAAAUGCAGCACAAUGUGCUUUAAAAGAAGGCCAGUAUAAGCACUGAGUGCUUCCCCAUGAAAAUAGAAUGAACACAAAACAGAGUCUCUUCAUAAAAUCAUGGAGUUGUAAAACUAUGAAUGAUAAAAUCGAGUAAGAUUUUAAAACGGUUGCAGCAGGGUGACGCGUACAUGGAAAGUAAAAGUGUAAAAGAAAGAGUUUCAGACCUGUAUUAGGAAUAUCAGAGCUAGUUAAAGGUUAAAGUGAACAAAUGCGUUUAUAGAUUUCUUUUAAGAAUUUUUAGCGAGCUAGCUCCCCUGAUAUCCAUAAGUAGUGUUCAUAGCUUUGGGCCGUCAUUGACAAAGGCUGCAUCCCAAUCGUCUUCCUUAAUAACUAAACUUAAACAAUCAAAAUUUGGACACCAAUGCAGUAGUAAACUGAAUCCUACCUGCAAUUUACUUCAUUAAAGGACCCAUAUUGUCACUUUUUAGACAAGAUUCGAUUCCACUUUUGGUCUCUGAUGAUCAGCAGUUGUACUUCCCUUUAAGGAGUUGGAGAGGGACUCAGAAAGCAAAGCAAGGACAGAGUUUCGAAAAACAACAGUCAGUAGAGUCUGAGGCUUUUGAUUGCCUGCACUUAGAUUAAUGUCCAUUUUAGCACUUAGUAGGGCAGUGUUCUCAAUCGUUUCAUGUCGAGGACCCCUGAAUUAAUACACUGUCGGUCACAGACCCCCAUUUGAUAAGAUUUUAUUUCAGGCACCUCCAUCUGAAAGGAUUUUGGUUGUUAGGUCAGAAAAGUCUCACUCACAUUGGACUUACUUUAUAGUGAAAAUAAGCUAUUCCCCCUGGAACUCCGUCAAGGACCCCUGGUUGAGAAGCACUGUACGAGGCAGCACUGUUAUACAGAAAAAGAAAGCCCAUUAGAAAUCUAAUUUCCAACUGGUGACAAGCGUCUUGAGUAACUAGCCUUAUCAUGUUGCUUGUUAUUAUAUAUCAGGCUUCUCACAGUGUGAACCACCAGUCAGACGCUCCUGUGUCGCUGUUUGCUCGAUGUAAAAUACUCUAAAGAGACAGAAGCUCAGCACAAAGUGGAAGAAUGUUUCUAUUUCUGGAAGGAUUCUGCCAGUUUCAGCCUCCUCUUGUUUAUCUGCUCUGAUGUUUUCACACAUACAGUAUUGACACCCCCCCCCCCCCCCCCCCCCCCCCCCCCCCCCCC